CUGAAAUCCUAAUUCCCACCGGAAUCGGAGUUCAAAAGUCACAUUUCACUAUCUACGAGCUACCUCCCCUCAGAAGUGGGGUUCGUGCCCAACCCCACUGCCAUUGCCGCUAUACUAUAUCACUUUAUCAUACCUCAUUACUCGAGUACAUUCUUUCUUUCUCAAAUCCUCUUCUCUUUACAUACGACUAUUUCUUGUUUUGGGAGAGACAAUAAGGAGUCAUGAAGCUCUCAUCGCCAAUCUGCGGUGCUUUGAUAGGUGGGGUGAUUGGCGGUGUGACAGCCCACUCUUAUGAAGGGGAUAAGGAAGUUCCACUGCAUGAACGGGAAUAUAAUCAGGAUUCACGUGAGGAGUUGGAGAGGAAAUGGAGUUUUGAGGUGAGUUCCUUUCUUGUUUUUAUUUUUGGGUUUUUUAUUUGAGGGAAAGUUGGGCGGGGCUUCUGCAGGGAUUCUGCUUAUUGCAAUUAAAGUCCUAUUCUGCCUCUUGUAGUCACACUUACUAUCUUUUCCUUUUGGAAGAAUGAAGUGAGUGUAAAAUCAGACAUCCUACUUCUUACUUGCUGAUUCUGGGGUGCAACUUGCCGUUUACAGUCUCAAGAAGUAGAAGAUGAUUCAAUUUACUAAUAAUUGUCAUAGUGGGGAUUUUCAGGAGUGAACUCCUUUGCUCACCUCGAGCACGUAAAAUGUCUCACAAAACCAGAUGCAUUAUUUGAUAUAGGCAUUAUCGGCGUUCCAUUCGACACGGCGGUAUCAUAUCGACCAGGUUCGAAACUCUCUCUUUUUUCUGUUCAUUCAUUCACAGCCUCACGCCUCACACUGCUCCACUACCCAGACAACAAGUUCUAAAAACAAAUGUAUUAGGAGCACGUUUUGGACCACGAGCAAUCCGAGCCGCCUCAUCUCGUCAAACCUCCUUCAGAGGCUUCAACUUCCGAGGAGGAAUAAACCCCUACCUCUCCUGGGCCAAAGUCCUGGACUGCGGCGACAUCCCGGUAACACCAUUCGAUAAUGCUGUGGCUCUAACACAAAUGACCUCCGCCUACCUAGAACUAGGCCAUAGAACACCUCUAUCCUCGACCAUCUCUCAUCCAAAAAUCAUCUCCCUAGGUGGAGACCACUCAUUAGCUCUAGCAGCUUUACGAGGCUUGAAGAACGUCUAUGGACAACCGAUUGCGGUCUUACAUUUUGAUGCGCACCUGGAUACCUGGCAUCCAGAUAAAUAUCCAAGUCCAUGGCCGAGUGCACAGGCACAGUAUAACCAUGGCUCCAUGUUUUGGCUUGCCUCAAAUGAAGGAUUGAUUAUGAAUGGGUCGUCUGUUCAUGCUGGGCUUCGUACCCGUCUUUCAGGAGACGAUUGGGCGGAUUACGAUGAUGAUACUGCACAGGGUUUCCUUCGCAUUGAAGCAGAUGACAUUGAUGCGCUUGGUCCUAAAGGUGUCAUUGAAGCGAUUAUGAAAAGAAUGGGGACCGAGACUCCGGUUUAUUUGUCUGUUGAUAUCGAUGUGCUCGAUCCUGGAUUGGCUCCCGGAACUGGAACUCCGGAAGCGGGUGGAUGGAGUAGUAGAGAGUUGAUCCGUAUUUUGAGAGGGGUUGAAGGGUUGAAUGUUGUAGGGGCUGAUAUUGUGGAGGUUGCACCGGCUUAUGAUGGAGUUGGGGAACAGACUGCACUUGCUGGUGCGCAGGUUGCGUAUGAGAUUCUGACUAGUAUGGUCAAGAGGGGAUUGAAAGAUAUGGGGAAGGAUGAUGAGAUUCCCGGAAGACAUGGCAAGGUAGAGGGGAAAGGAGGAAAAGAUGAGCUUUGAGGGUUAGAGGGACUGGCAAUGUAUUUUUGAGAACGAAUAAAACUAGUAUGGCAAUUUCUAAGGAUGG